AUGCCGGCUGCGAUGUUCAGCAUCGACAGUAUUUUAGCAGGAGUGCCCUCUCGGUGUAAGGGCUCGGCGCCUCUGCCCAGCGCUCCGCUGCCCACGUACCCGGGGCUCGGCGCUGACUCGCUGUGUGCCAGCGCUGACUAUCUCAGUCUCUACCCUCCAGCCGUCGCUCCUCCGCCUCCUCCUCCUCCUCCUGCCCCCCCUCAACACCCCAACCUGGCCGUCGGUGCCUCAAGGAUGGGUUACAAUUAUUACUAUGUGCCCGGAUCGCCCAGGGUCUCCUGCUGUGGCACCGUACCAACAUGCCAGCCUCUGACUAGUCAACACUGCUCCUGCAUUCCUCCAGGAUUAGAAGGGGCUGCUUCUGCAUACCUGUCCCCAGUUGCCCCCCAGGUGCUGCCCUAUGUGAGCCUGGGGGCUCUAUCCCGCACUGAACUGCAGCUUCUGAACCAGCUCCACUGCCGGAGGAAGCGUCGUCACCGAACCAUCUUCACAGAUGAACAGCUGGAAGCUCUGGAGAACCUUUUUCAAGAGACUAAGUACCCAGAUGUGGGCACUAGGGAACAGCUGGCCAGGAGAGUCCAUCUCCGGGAGGAGAAAGUGGAGGUCUGGUUUAAGAACCGCCGAGCCAAAUGGAGGCGGCAGAAGAGAUCAUCAUCGGAGGAGUCGGACUCCCAGAAAUGGAAUAAAAUUUCAAAAAAUGCCCCGGUGGGGAAGGCUUCUGGAGAAUCCACUUCAGCAGCCCAGGAGAGUGAGGUAGACUCAGACAGCUGAUAGCUGGCACUGAUUAAUCAGGAGUAUUCACCCACCCUCAGCUCAGACUGUGGCUGGUACCUUGCACUUUGUCCCUCUGGAGGGCUGA